AUGAUAAAAGAUAACGAUAUAAUUGAUGAAGAUGAUCUAGUCGAAGUAGGCAGCGUUCAACGCUCAACAACGUCCCGAUCGUCGUCGUCAACCAUAACGACAACACCACGUCGUCCAAUGUAUAUUGAAACAGAAAUGAGAACAGAUUUAAGAUCAACACGUACUGGACCAACAAUGAAUGUUAAUGAAGUUUUAGAAAAAACAAGAUCUCCAACUGAUGGUUUACCUCAAACAACAUACACAUACGCUCAUUCUGUAUCGUAUAUGCCAGUAACUCAAAAUGGAACAUAUGAAGUGCCGGUGAUGGCUCGACGUAAUUUACAUGGAGAAAAUGGUAUUAAUGGCGGUAGUGGUGCUUUUUCGUCACCUCAACGAUUCAUGUCAAAUGUUCGUACUCAAAUUGCUGAUCGUUUUUCAGCAUUCGUUUCUGGUAAAUCCCAUCAGCAAAAUCAACAGCAACCACAACAAUCUGAUUUAUUCGACAAUGAGCAACAUCAAACAACCGGUGGUUCACGUUAUACUCGUACAUCGUCUCAAUCAUCAACGAGUAAUAGUCGAAAUACAGUCGGCUCGUCAUCGACAGGAUAUAAUUUACGUUCAAGACCGGUGCAUAGUACACCACGUGAAAAUGAGGAAAAUGAAGUACGACAACGACAACAACAAAAGUAUUCUCAACAACAAGAAGCAGACUACAGCACUAGCGAAUACGACAGAAAUAAACGAUAUCAACAGCAAGAACAACAAUCAUCUCACAAAUAUCGAGAUGAUCGUGAUCACGAUUAUGAUGAUCGGGAAAACGAUGGUACUUUAGUAGGAAAAGUGAAACGUUAUUUUAGAAAUAUAAUUCAUUCACCAAUGGAUUUUUUUAAAAGUAUAUUUCAUGCCAUUGGAUCGUUACCAUUUUGGUUAUUAAUACCUCUCAUUCUAUUACUUGCUUUAUAUGCUGUACCAUGGUUAGUCUGCAGACGCGUUGAACAUUAUCCACAAUCACUUCCAUAUGCUUUAUGUUCCGGAGUGAAGAACUUUACAUCGUCACUGACAAAUAAUACAUAUAAUUUUGCCCGUCAUAAUACCUACGAUCGGGUAAAGCAUGGCAUACGUCGUGGAAGUCGAACAGCAAAUGAUCUGAGAGACUCCAUUUAUAGUAGCUUAGAAGAUGUUUAUUAUAGUGGAAAAAAAUUAUUGAAAACAUCUGUUGGGGAGGUGAAAGGAAAAGUAGCCGAUGUUUACGACUCAACAACUGAUAAUGCAAAACAAUAUUGUGAUGCCGGUUUGAAAAAAAUGAAUACUGUCAUUGAAGAUUUGAAAAAGGAACGAGAAAAAGUUUUGGGACCACGUCAUGUUUUAACUCAGACACAAGAGAAAGAACUCGAGGAGAUGGUUCGACAAAUGCUAGAUGACUAUUCGGCUGAUGAGAUUGGUGAACCGGAUUAUGCUUUGGAAUCAAAUGGAGCAAAAGUUGUUGAUACUCGUUGUACAGAAUAUGCCGAUGAACCACGGCAAAACGUUGUCAAAUUUCUUGGUAUACCAGUGGCACAUAUGUCAAAACAACCAGAUAUCAUGCUUCGACCUGGUCGUCUUCCUGGUCAAUGUUUUCCAUUCAAAGGUGAUCAAGGAAGUAUUGUUAUUAAAUUAGCUGUACCAGUUGUACCAACAGAAUUUGUACUUGAACAUUUAUCAAAACGAAUAUCAAUUGUUGGUCAUGUUAAUAGUGCGCCGAAAAAUUUUACCAUUUAUGCACUUCGUGAUAAACAUGAUAAAGAAGGGACUGUUCUUGGACGCUAUUAUUAUGACACUGAAAAUGGUCCAGCUCUGCAGCGAUUCAAACCUCAAAUUAGUCCCGUUCCAACGUGUGAAUAUAUUGAAAUUCAAGUAACAUCAAAUUGGGGUAAUCCAAAUUAUACAUGCGUGUAUCGUUUUCGUGUUCAUGGUGAUUUAAUACAAAUUACUCCAUCAGCACCACCCGCUCCAGCUGCUUAA